AUGACCACCCCACCCAGUCUGCAGCAGGACAACAAAAGACGCCUCUUCAAGGGGCUCUUAGCUUUUCUUCUGGAAGGUUCCAUUAACACACACACGGGGGUGCAUCCGGACGAUCCAUUCAUCAGAGCGUUGUAUUUCCUAUUUAAUAUCUUUGACAAUAAGAUGUUAGAUAGAUGGUACCGCCCUAAGUUUCAGCAGUUGAAGAAGGAACUAGAGAAGAGGUUCCCCGGCCUGCUGAGAAUUGAUGGCGAAGGUACUCCAACGUCCACAGGGAAGUUCGAAGUGUCCAUUAAUGGGAAGCUUGUGCACUCAAAGAAGAAUGGAGACGGUUUUGUGGACAGCAGUGUGAAGCUACAGAAGAUUGAGGUCGCCAUUCAGGCCGCCAUGAAGGGAUGCUAA